UCACCACCACCAUACUCUUCUCCUUCCUUCCUUCAUCAUUAUCAUCUUGAGCGAUCGAUCCGAUCGAGUCACAAACAAUUAAGGCAGAUCAUCAUAGUUCAUAGAGAUCCGACAGAGACGACAGAUAUAUAUAGUAAUAAUUAAUGGCUGCUGGGUUCACAGAGAGGCAAGAAGCUUUGGUAAAGGAGUCAUGGCAAGUACUGCAAAACGACAUCCCACGCUACAGCCUUCUCUUCUUCACCACGUACCAUCCAUAUAUCAAUCUCUAGUUUUUUUUUUUUUUUUUUUUUUGAAUUGGUAACUUAAUUAAAGGGCGGGUUUGGGUGCAGGAUUCUGGAGAUAGCUCCGAUCCAGCGGCUAAACAGAUGUUUUCGUUCUUGAGAGACUCUGAUGAGAUCCCACAAAACAAUCCCAAGCUCAAAGCCCAUGCCGUCAAGGUCUUUAAGAUGACUUGCGAGUCGGCGGUUCAACUGCGGGAGAAAGGAGAGGUGGUGGUGAAGGAGACGAGUCUUAAAUAUUUGGGGUCCGUCCACCUCAAGAAUGGAGUCGUAGACCCGCACUUCCAGGUAGUCAAAGAAGCGCUGGUGACAACUCUGAAAGCGGCGAUCGGAGAUGAGAAAUGGAGCCACGAGCUGGAGGGUGCAUGGGCCCACGCUUAUGAUCAACUCGCUGCUGCCAUUCAACUUGAGAUCAAACAAGAAGCUGCCGCCGCCGUCGCUGCUUGAUAUAAUUCAGAAAAAGAAAAUCCAAACUUUCAAAACAAUGUGUUCAGUAUGGCAUAAUUUUUAUAUGAUUUUGUAUAUAUUAUGAUAUAAUUUUAUAUCUGUUCCAUAAUUUUAUCCGGUCUAAAUUGACAAGAACAGAGUAACAAAUGCGAGGGGGAAAUGGGGCAAAAGAUCCAAGAUUUGGG